AUGCCAAGGACACUCUACAGAUAUCAGCUACCACCUCAAAUGAUGUAGGUCCCAGGGUAGGAGGAGCACUGGGGUGGGUGUGAUGGUUACCUCGAGCAGAAAGCUGGGCGCUUGAUAAAAUCAGGCCUCCAAACUGGAAGACAGGCAUAUCCAACGCUUGAUGAUAUAGUGAGCGAUUGGAGUGAGAAGGAAGAGAGCAAGGACGACAAGAAAGGAUCAAGCGAAGCCGGAAAAGGCUCAAAAGGCUCAGCGGAAGAUAAACCAAAAGUUGAUUCAGUGGUUAAGGCUGGUGAGAAAAAGGUUAAAGAUGGUGUUCAAUGA